ACCAAUUCACUUACUUUUCUUAUAUCGCUCAGGCUCAGGUCCACUGUCCAUCCCAUUUUCAAUAUUGGCUGGGCUCUGGGCCAUUCCCAACGAGAAUCGACUGCAAGCAGACCCAUGAAGGAUGCUGGAACAAGGAGAAGGAAAACUAGCCUUGAUGAGAAGUGAGGAGACGGGAGGCUUCAAUGAGGAAGAAAAGCUACUUGAUUCUUUGCAACAACUAUCCGACAGAGACCCAACAUCUACAAUUCACUUGGUUCAAAAUGACAACGGCUUGUUGGAAUUCCUCCUCUCGCAAACAUCUUCAAAGAAGAAAACCACAUGGCAGUACCCUACAUUGGUGAUAGUGGACACUACUUGCAAGGCUUUGAGUAAGCCAAGAGAGCAUGAGGUACCUCGGUCUAAUAUCUUUGAGAAUUUAGUUAUCUGCAUUGACCACUUAAGUUGUCACUUCUAA